AUGGCCCGGCUUCAUCAGCCUUUGACUGCCCCCCUCAGCCUUACCCUGGCCGCAGCCAUGGCCAUCGACUCCGACUCCCUCCCUCGUAUGCUCAAAUGGUGCGCCGGGGUAGCGUGUUUGAGAGGAGGCGCCUCUCUUCACGCGAGGGCCGUGAAAGGGGGCUUCGAGGCAAGCACCUCCACCGCUAACUCUCUGGUGAGCUUCUACGUCAGGUGCGGCAUGAUCGACUCCGCGUGGCGCGUCUUCCAGUCCAUGGGGACGACGAAGGACUCUGUCUCGUGGAACGCCAUGCUCCACGGGUUCCUCUCCGGCGGCGCCGCCCGAGAAGAGGGGCUGGCGCUGUUCACGGCGGCGAGGGCCGCUGGCUCUGAGCUCAACCUGUCCAACCUCGUGCUCGCGCUGCAGGCCUGCUGGAAGCUCGGAGCCACGCUCGAAGCUCUGGUGAUCCACGGCCUCGUGGUGAGAAAUGGCGCUUCCAGCCACCUGCCCAUUCAGAAUUCCCUUCUCUGUAGCUACGCUAAAUCACGCGACAUGGGGUCCGCGCAGCAGAUGUUCGACGAAAUUCCCCACCGAGAUAUGAUCUCCUGGAGCGCCUUGAUCGGGGGUUACGCUCAGUGUGGGGAGCCCGAGGCCGGCCUACGGUGGUUCCAGGAGAUGGUUUCGAGCCGUAGUGCGGAGCCUGACGGCGUGACGCUCGUCAACGUUCUUCAGGCUUGCAGCUGUCUGGAGGACGCCGAGCCGGGGGAGAUGAUUCAUGCCCACGCGAUACGCCGAGGUUUUCAGCACGACGUCUUCUUGGGAAAUUCUCUCAUCAGCAUGUAUUCCAAGUGCCUCGCCCUGGGCUCCGCCCGCAGAGCCUUCGCUGAAGUUCACCGCAAGAACGUUGUCUCCUGGAAUAGUCUGCUGUCUGGGUUAGUCCACGGUGAGCUACAUUCGGAGGCCCUGUCGCUGUUCGAUUCGAUGAGAAGAGCGGGAUUUGCGGAAGAUGAGGUGACCCUCGUCAGCCUCUUGCAUACCUGUCGGAGUCACCAGCAUGGAGUUCGGUGCAGGUCCAUCCACAGCGUGGCUACUCGUAGGGGCUUUGAGUCGAACAUGGUGGUUGUGAACACGAUAUUGGACGCCUACUGUAAAUGUGGCCUCGUGGGGCUCGCUUCCAGGCUGUUCGGCGCUAUGAACGACAGGAAUUUGAUUUCAUGGAGUACGAUGAUGAUGGGCUUCUCCGACUCCGGGCAGCCAGAUGAAGCCGUCUCUCUAUUCGGGGACAUGAUGCUGGCGGAUGUGAGGCCCAACUCUGUGAUCUUGCUGAGCAUUCUGCAGGCUUGCUCUGCGCUGGUGGAGAUUAAGCUUCUGAGGAGUAUCCAUGGCGUCGCCUUCAGGAAUGGUUUGACCGGGGAGCUGGCGGUCGGCACGGCGCUCCUGGAUGCGUACGCCAAGUGCGGCGAGAUCGAGUCAUCGAGUAAGGUUUUCAGCGGAUUGCCCGAGAAAAAUGUGGUGUCUUGGAGCGCGAUGAUCGCCGCCCUCGGCGUGAACGGCCGGCCCCGAGAGACGCUCGCCCUGUUCCGUGAAAUGGAGUUCCGAGGUGUGAAGCCCAACGAGGUCACCGUGCUGUCGCUGCUCUCUGCAUGCAGCCAUGGGGGGAUGGUGGAGGAGGGCCUCUCCUGCUUUGGAGACGUCUUCUCCAGGUACUCUCUCUCGCCGUCGCCGGAGCAUUACUCGUGCCUGGUGGAUAUGCUGGCCAGGGCCGGAGAUGUUGGUGGCGCUUGGAAGGUCAUCGAGGAGCUGCCCGUGGGGUUGACGGUGGGCGCGGCGGCGUGGGGCUCUCUGCUGAGCGCCUGCAGAAGCCAUGGCCACUGGGAGCUCGGGGAGAGAGCGCUCUCUCGCGUGGUGGAGUUGGAGCAGUCGGAAGCCUCUGGGUACCUGCUGGCUUCGAACAUGUACGCCAUGGGAGGGGAGAAGAGGGCCUCGGCGAGGAUGAGGAUGAUGGUGAAGGAGAGAGGCCUGCGAGUGGCGCCUGGUUUUAGCUCGGUGAGCCUGGACCGGAGGCUCCACAGGUUCGUCGCCGGAGACGACUCCCACCCGCGAUCUGUGGAGAUCCGGUCAACUGUCGGACACCUGCAUCUCUGCAUGAGAGCAUCAUCAGACGAGAAGGCAGUGGAUUAG